UCGUGAAGAGGAGGAGGAGGAUGUGGCGCGCGGAGGGGAAAUGGCUGCCGAAAACAAGCCGGAAGGACUGAAGAAAAUUCGUAAUCCGGAUCGAAUGUACAGAUCGGCUGUGUGUUAUUCCGGCCAUGCUCCUCCUAAGGGUGUCAGUGAUGACACAGAGAUGAACAAUGAACAUGGACAUUUGAAAAUAUACCUGCCCAAAAAGCUGCUUGAAUGUCUACCAAAAUGCUCCUCAUUGCCAAAAGAGAGACACAGGUGGAACACCAAUGAGGAAAUUGCAGCCUACUUGAUAACAUUCGAAAAGCAUGAAGAAUGGUUAACGACGUCGCCUAAAACAAGGCCACAGAAUGGGUCUAUGAUCCUGUACAACAGAAAAAAGGUGAAGUACAGGAAGGACGGCUACUGUUGGAAGAAGAGGAAAGAUGGAAAGACCACGCGAGAGGAUCACAUGAAGCUGAAAGUGCAGGGCGUCGAGUGUCUCUACGGCUGUUAUGUGCACUCCUCCAUCAUCCCCACCUUCCACCGCAGGUGUUACUGGCUGCUGCAGAAUCCAGACAUCGUGUUGGUGCACUACCUGAAUGUGCCAGCCAUAGAGGAUUGCGGGAAACCAUGUGGACCCAUCCUGUGCUCCAUCAACACGGACAAGAAGGAGUGGGCCAAGUGGACCAAGGAAGAGCUCAUUGGACAGCUGAAGCCCAUGUUUCAUGGCAUCAAGUGGACUUGCAGCAAUGGGAACAGCAGCUCCGGCUUCUCAGUGGAGCAGCUGGUGCAGCAGAUCCUGGACAGCCACCAGACCAAGCCGCCCCCCCGGACCCACAACUGCCUCUGCACAGGCACUCUGGGUGCUGGGAGUAGCGUGCACCACAAAUGUAACAGCGCCAAACACCGCAUCAUCUCCCCGAAGGUGGACCCGCGCUCGGCUGCCUACAGCAGCGGGCACACCGAGCUGCAGAACAGCGACGUGUCCGAGGGCAAGACGGAGCACAGCCAUGGCGUGGGCAAGGCAGCCACAGGUCCCGGCAGCACUGCGCGGGAGAAACGCAAUGGGAAAGUGCACAAGCCCGUCCUGCUUCACCAGAACAGCACGGAGGUGUCCUCCACCAACCAGGUGGAGGUGCCCGACACCACGCAGAACUCGCCCGUGUCCAUCAGCAGCGGCCUGAACUCUGACCCGGACAUGGCCGACAGCCCCGCCGUCACGGGCAUGGGCCACGUGGCCUCUGUCAUGAGCAGCCUGUCCCAGAGCGUCUUCAUGUCGGAGGUGGCCGGGGACUCGGUCUACAGCAUGUCCCCCACCGGAGGCGCCAACGCGCACAUCAUGGGCCCUGACGCCACCUCUCACGGCCUGGUCCUGUCCGACAGCCACAAGUUCGCCUUCCCCGGGAGCGGGGGUGCGGAUGCGGGUGGGCCGGGCACCGCCGAUGGUCUCUCCAUGCUGUCUGCCGGCGGCGUCUCUGAGGAGCUCGUCCUGUCCAGCAGCCUGGACUCGGGCAGCAUCAAGCUGCCCGAGACCUCCAUGAACUUUGACCCAGACUGCUUCCUGAACAACCCCAAGCAGGGCCAGACGUACGGGGGUAGCGGGCUGAAACAGGAGAACGGCGCCUCCUCCUCCUCCAUGGCCAGCACCAACGGCCUGCAGCACUCCCCGCCAAUGUCCGACACCAACUACGGCUUCAACUCCGCGCUCAUCAAGAACAUAAAGACGGAGGACACCUCUUUCGAGCAGCAGCUGGCCAGCGAGAGUGGCUACCAGGUGGCUUCCGUAGUGAGCUGCAGCGUGUCCAGUGGUUCCGGCUCUCAGAAUUCACUCACCCUGACACCGGCUGGCUCUCUGCUGCCCUCUGGAGGCGGCCUGAGUCCCAGCACCACGCUAGAGCAGAUGGAUUUCAGCGCCAUCGACUCCAAGCCAGACUUCUCCUCCAGUACAUCGGUGGGGUACGACCAGACCAUGAACAACGCUCAUCUGGCCCACCAGAGUCACUCUCCCAGUUUUUUCCUCCAGGAGCCUCAACAGUCAGCCCAAAGUCAGCAGGGCAGGCAGAGUUCUGGCCAUAAGAGCCACCUGCUGGAGAACAACUCCCGCGACAGGGCCUACUUGGGCCUGCAGAUAGUCAAAACGGACUCGCCCGGCACCAACGGCCACCUCCACCACCACCACGGCCACCAGAGCCAGCAAAGACCCAACUGCAACGGAAACUCCUCUGCCGAGAGCUCGGGCCAAGCUGGCUCUCUCCUGCUGCAGUACCCGAGCGGUUUCCCCAGCCUCGGGCCGGAGCACGAGGAGGUGGUGGGUCACAACCAGCCCAGCAGCGCGGGUUCCGGCCAGGCCGGGACUGCCGAAGCCAGGGCCGACAACUUACUCAAGACUGGGGAUCACCUGCAGGCCUGUGCGGGCAGAGGUGCAGAAGGGGGAGGUUCAGAGCACUACCUGCACCAAAGCUCAGAGAACGGGGUAGGGGGCGAGGGGACAGUUCUUAGGAACGGGAACUCCGGCGACAGCGGCAACAGCAAUAGCCAGCAGCAGCUCCAGCCUCUGCUCCAGGGGCUGUACAACACAGUGGGGACCCACCAGGCUCUGGGUGGCGCCGGGGCGGCCGGAGGCGGAGCCGCGGGCAUGGAGAUCAGCCUGGACCACUUUGACAUCUCCUUCGGCAACCAGUUCUCCGACCUCAUCAACGACUUCAUCUCCGUGGAUGGAGGAGCUGCAGCGGUGGGGCCCGGUGGGACACUCUACGCCCAUCAGCUGGUGGCACCGCCUGGGUCCGACGGGCAGGCAGCAUCUGGGGGCAACCAGCAGCAGGGCCAGGAAGACGGUGCCAACAGGGCAGCAGGCUACAGCCCCUCUGAGCUCUGCCUCCAGCCCUGCUGCAGUCCCCAGUCUCUGGGGGGAGGAACCGCUGGCACAGGGGCUUCCAGGGAGACAGGGUCACUCUCCUACAUGCAUGUGGCAGAGGUCGUGUCAGCGGCUGUGGCCCAGGGCACUCUGGGUAUGCUACAAGCCACAGGGAGGCUCUUUAUGGUGACUGACUAUUCCCCAGAGUGGUCGUACCCAGAGGGUGGGGUGAAAGUACUGAUCACUGGCCCAUGGCAGGAGGCCAGCAGUCAUUACAGCUGCCUGUUUGAUCAGAUCUCUGUGCCAGCAUCCCUCAUCCAGCCUGGGGUUCUACGUUGCUAUUGUCCAGCACAUGACACGGGGCUGGUGACUCUGCAGGUGGCUGUGGGGAAUCAGAUCAUCUCCAACUCGGUGGUGUUUGAGUACAAGGCGCGCGCACUCCCUUCUCUACCUUCCUCACAGCACGACUGGCUCUCCCUAGACGAUAACCAGUUCAGGAUGUCCAUCCUGGAGCGUCUAGAACAGAUGGAGAGGAGGAUGGCGGAGAUGACCGGUCAGCAGCAGCAGAGCAAUGGUGCGUCCGGCGGCACUGGAGCGGGAGCAGGGGGAGGAGGAGGAGGCGGCGCAGGAGCAGGGGGAGGUGGAGGUGCUAACGGCAGUAACAGCCAGUCUCAGUACACGUCGGGGCAAGGCCAGGCUGGCAGCUCCUUUGAGAGCCGCGUGGUGGUGGUGUGCGAGAAGAUGAUGAACCGCGCCUGCUGGGCCAAAUCCAAACACCUGAUCCACUCCAAGACUUUUCGGGGAAUGACCCUCCUGCACCUCGCUGCUGGCCAGGGCUACGCCACUCUCAUCAAGACACUCAUCAAAUGGCGCACGAAGCAUGCUGACAGCAUCGAUCUGGAGCUCGAGGUGGAUCCCCUCAACGUCGACCACUUCUCUUGCACACCCUUGAUGUGGGCGUGCGCCCUGGGCCACCUCGAAGCCGCGGUGGUGCUGUACAAGUGGGACCGUCGGGCGUUAGCCAUCCCAGACUCGCUGGGACGCCUGCCCUUGUCCAUCGCCCGCUCCCGGGGCCACACCAAACUGGCUGAGUGCCUGGAGCAGCUCCAGAGGGAAGAGCAGCAGCAGCAGCACCCCCCGACCUCUCGCAUGGCCUUCUCCCCCAGCUCCGACACGCCCUCCCCCGACAGCUGGAUGGUCGCCUGGGCUGGCGGACAGAAGGGCGGUGCCACCACUACCACCGCCCCCUCUGGCAACCUUGGGCCAGACCUGAGACGGCCCCGCUCGGAGCCCUCCAGCUACUACAGCAGCGAGAGCCAGCGUGACCUGCCCGCCGCCAAGAAACACAAGCCCAACCCGGAGGGGGCCCAUACCAGGCCGGACAAGGCGGUGUCUGUGCCCCUGAGCCUGGAGCGUCAGCAACUGCAUGAGCUGUCGGCCGGCUCCGGCCCCCCGCCCGCGGACCCGCCCGGCCUCGAGCGCGGCGCGGCCGCCCACACCGCCGACGCCAAGCUGGGCUGCUUCCGCACAGGCUCCCACAAGUGGGGCGCCAGGGACGUGUACAGGAAGGGCACAGGCGGAGCGGGAAAUGCGGGAAAAGAGAAGCUGGGAGGCAGGCUGCGCCAGCGGGGGGAGCUACUGGGCGUGCUGGCCAUGACGGACCGAGAGAUGGUGGACACCGAGCUGCUCUCCUACAAGGAGGAUCUGGAGAACCAGGAUUGCCUCUCGCACAUGGAAGAUCUGCAGGAGAACAUGAUGACCUUGGCGGAACACAUCAUCGAGGCCACUCCGGAGCGCAUUAGGAGGGAGAACUUGGCCGCAGUGGAGCCCGUGCCUGCAGACGGCGGCAGUCUGAGCAGCACCAUGAGCUGGCUGGCCACUUACCUGGGCGACGUGGAGCAGCUCCCCAGCAUCAUUCACCUGAGAUCCCUGUACAGUGAACCCCUGACCCCAAACCCCAGCCUCAGCCCAGGGGGAUCCCCCAUGAGUGACAGUCCAUUCGAAAAGGCCGCUCUGCCUCCCCCGGCCGACUGGAGUGAGUUUCUGAGCGCCUCCAACAGCAAGGUGGAGAGAGAGUUGUCCCAGCUCACCCUGUCUGACUCGGAGCAGAGGGAACUGUACGAGGCCGCCCGGCUGGUACAGACCGCCUUCCGCAAGUACAAGGAACGACCACUGCGCGAGCAACAGGAAGUAGCAGCUGCUGUCAUUCAGGGCUGUUACAGGAAAUACAAACAGCUAACAUGGAUAGCCUUGAAGUACGCACUUUAUAAGAAGAUGACGCAGGCCGCCAUCCUUAUCCAGAGCAAGUUCCGUGGCUACCACGAGCAGAAGAAGUUCCGGCAGAGUCGCCGCGCGGCCGUGCUCAUCCAGCAAUACUACCGCAGCUACCGAGAGUUCCGGAGGCCCCGCCCCCUCACACGCAGCCCCGCCUCCGCCCUGGUACAGCACAAACUCAGAAGCAGUCUACUCACGAAGAGACAGGAUCAGGCCGCCCGCAAGAUAAUGCGCUUCCUUCGUCGCUGCCGUCACAGCCCCUUGAUGGACCAUAGACUGUUCAAGCGGAGUGAGAGAAUUGAGAAAGGCCAGGGAACAUGAGGACAUCCAGAAGGGUCCCCUCACAAUGUGACAUCACAGUGUGACAUCACUCUUCAGACUUUUUUUCGUGUCUUUCUGUUCCAACCACAGACGUUUUACAAGAGCAAACAACAAAACAAAAAGGAGAGAGAAUUCGGCGGGGAAACGGCAACUCUUAACUAUACAGUACUACUGACUUCUGCUACUAUACAACAGCAUUUUUUCAUAUCUCUUUUGUCUUUCGUUUAUGAGGGUAAGAGCCAACUUCAGUGGACUUAAAAAACCUCUACAGGUCGAUGUUUGCAGGUGGGAGGACAUUCGCUUCACUGCAUUUUUUGCACUUUUUCAUGGAUUGAUUUGCUUUUUGGAGCGCAUUGUUUUGCUGGUUAAGGAAUAGAAUGCUGGAAAUGGACUGAGGCAGUCCUACUCUUUUAAGGAUCAUGGAAAGAAGAAUGUUGGAAAGACAGUGGAGAAAAUAUGGAAUCAAUACAGAAACCUGGCAGGCCCUGGCUCUCAUUGUAUUUCAUGGUCUAAAUGACACAUUUAGUGGGUGAAAAUUUGAUGAGCAAAGUUGCUACCAAAAAUUGCUGGUAAUCCAUUAGUCCAUAUAUAUAUAUAUAUAUAUAUAAAAUAUUAUACGUUGGUUUUUUGUUUUUUUUUGGGGUUUUUUUUUGCACGUUUCAGCCCACAACCAUUCUCAUACACCAGAAAAACAAAGUCACUUAAGUCUGUUUGACAACUGCAGCCCACUCGAUUAUGGAAGUAAUGGGACGUCCUAUGAAUGUAGGAAAGAUGUGGGAAAACAUGGGUCACAUUUUAGUGUCAUUGUCUAGAGGUUGAGGUCAAAUUAAAAGGAAAGUAUGACUAUUAUUUGAAUUAAAGUUAUUUGUCUUUUUUAUGCCCAGAUCAGCUCAGUGUUUGGUGUCAGUCUGGACUCUACCUUGUCUGAGUAGGCCGACUGUACUGAGCUAAAUCUGCAUGAAUAUCUAAACCCAACACGCCUACAGGCAAAACAUCAGUGUUCCUCAUUUUGUUUUCAGUCUCCUUGAGUGUAACGGAGAUAUUAAACUCCAUCAUUAUUCGGUGAGUCGCCAUGGAUUUUAGUCUACUUGUGUAGAUGUUUUUUGGAGGGAAAAUUGCCUCAUUUGGGUUAUUUGUGUAAUAAUCAUUAUUGAUGUUCUUGUUCUGUUCAAAUGAACUUCUUUGGCUCUUUAGGCCUCUGAAGGGAUGAUCACAUACAUUGCCUUGAUACCUUAGAGAUUCUCUGAAGAGUCCCUAAGCUAGCCCUAGAGCAAGGGUUAGACAAAUCCAUAUUUUUGACAAUGGAGCGGUUUCUGUACAUAAAGAAGGUUACUGGUACAGUACGUGAAGUAAAACAUUUAUCUGAACGGGAAUGUAUUUUAGAAAUAUAUUAUUUUAUUCAUUCUAAGGGGUAAAACAGGUCAGAGUCAAAAUCUGAAUAUUUGUAUAGUUUUGUUUGAAUGCUUAAUAAGUAUGGUUGUAUUGUUUGUAUAUACUGUAAAUACCCGAGAUAAAGAUGAGGUAUGUGCAUGAGAAUCAAAAUCUCUCUCUCACACACACACACACACACACACACACAUACACACAAAAGAUUUAAAAAAGCAUUAGUGGCUAUGCUCUGUACAACUAUUUCACUAUAAGAGUAUUUUAUUUUAAUUUGAGUGUUCUUGAGAAGAACAUUUUGCUAAAGCAUGACAUUUCUGCUAAUAUGAAAAAUACUGUACUUAUGAGGUAGACGAAAACAGCAUCAUCAUUCGACGAAAAAGGUUAUGUUUACAUCUAUUCGUUUCUCGGGCUACCAAGAGUCUCUCUCUUGCCAUUGGUGCCAAGUAAUGUGAAUGCUAUUGUUUAACCAUCCUUUCUGAACAGGUAAUCCUAAACUAACACAGGAUAUCAUUAACUCUCAUGAAAUUUCAUCACCACUGACCAGUGAACACAGGAAGUGCCACAGAGAGAAGACUGUUUGAUACAUAGCCUUUACAUCUCCCAUGUCCCUUUUUAUUCUGUCUCAUAUUGUAAAUCCAAAUAAUUGAUUUUUUUAAAUCCUAAUUGUUUUUUUCAACUAUGUGUGUACAAAAUGACCAUAUUAGGUAGAAAUUAGACACUGAAGCACCCACUAAAAUGUUAAUAUUGAAAUGCUGCUGUGUGGUCACGAUUGAAUUUGUUUUCCCGGUUUAAAUCUCAAAUGCAACGCCACAAGAAAGACUUAUGAUGAUGUCAGGGCAUACAGGACACAUUGGUGCUAAAACAGUGGCGUCACAGGACACUGAGGGACACCCAAAGGUUAAAUGGUUUGGUCAAAGUGGUGCUUUGGCAUCGAACCUGAUGUUUGCACAUUUAGUCACUAAAGUAGCGUUUGAGGAGUAUCAUUUCCUGUGUGUCUAAUUGGGGCAUGAGAGUCCAACUUUAAAACAGUAUAUAGUACAGUACUUAAAAUAAUAGCACACAAAUGGAAGUUUAAUUAAUUAUCCAGUGCAUUUUCAGAUUUUUUUUUUUCCAUUUCAAUUUCCCUUUAAAAUGGUGUUAUAAUGUUGUUGACAUGAUGUAUUACAGCAUUGUGUAAAACCUGGUUCUGGAUUUAAGCGAUCUGUUGGAAAUUUGUGUGUAAACGGUGUGUUCAUGUGGGAAGUGCCUAAUCAUAUUUUAAUUGCAGCAGAUUUCAGUCAGCAUGCAAUGUAAAAAAGGGAAAAAAAAAAGAUAAGUAAACAAACAAACAAAAACAACAAAAAAACAAACAAACUGACCUUAGCAAUGAAUGGUGACUUGGACAAUGUAAAGGUAACUCCAUUCUCCACCAUACUGAGGUUCUGUUGUGUUAGUAUGUGACUUUAUUCCCCAUAUUUUCUAUCAGUCUGUUACAUUUCAACACACUAGACUGCUCAGUUUGCUUAUAAAAAGCCUAUUGGAACUGCCAGUCAAACCCGUAAGGAUUGCGCACACAGUCCUGUGAUAAUUGCCUUGUAUUCAUUCAUUCCUGAAGCAGUUUAGGUUGCCAGUUAUUGCACUGCUAUGGCAACUUGAGAAGGUCUUAUUAUGCUUGCAUGGGAAACAUAGAUUAACCGGGUGACUAAACUGCACCCAAAGCAUGCUUAUUUUUGUAGAUUCGGUAGUCAGGUAGACUUGUUGAAGAAAUAAUGUUCUGUAAAGCAACGUUGGUUUUAGUAGCUCAUAGAACCUCGUAAGAUACAGGGGCCUCAAUAUGGAUGGCAGACGAGAGACCUGCAGCUAAGCUGACUGAUGGGCACCUGCCAGUGCAUUUCCUGGGUGGCAUGGGCUGUUUCUCAAACAAGACUCACUUCCUGUUUGAGUCUCCACGUUAAAUUCAGUUCCGUUUCACGCCGCGCUGCAUCAUUUAGCCGUUCUGUCACACCGAUGAGUCUAACUCACUUCACGUCUUUUAGCGUCCACGUCCAUACCGAAACACAUGUCGGAGUGUCCAUCGCGCACACGGACAGUCGAUAACUGCGACCUCUCGGGGGAAUCUCCUAGCAUAGUGACGAGUUAGCCUCACUUUUUGUAUUUUUUAACUCAGGGUGCCAAAAACAACUGGGGGUAGGGGAAGGGUAGCAGGUCAGUGGAGAACCAGCUGCUGCUUAUCGGGAAUUCGAGCCAGAGCCAGUCCUGAUCAUACGACUGUGAUUUUGAUUAUGUCCAUGCCAUUCCUUUUCCAUCAGCCGCGUGAGCCGACUUGCCGCACCGUAGACCGCCGUCCCCGAAAGGCACCCGCCAGAAGUGGCGGUUCUGUCCUCUGAUCCACAAUAGACCGAAUGGCAUCUCUGGUAGCAGAAAACCUAAUUAGUACUGUGUGAGCUACAGUCCUGCGCAGGCUUACAGUUCAGACCGAAACACUGCCAUUGAUAGACAUAGAGUAUGACUAACAGUACAACUUAAAAAGCAGCAUUGACCUGAUUUCUAAUGUAAUAGAUCUGUGACUUUUUUUUUUUUUUAAGCCUUUUGGGCCAUGGUGCUUGAGAAAUAUUAGCAUGCGUGGACACAGGUAGGAGAUGAAGGAUGACCGUUUGUUUCUUAUGAACACUUGAAUGCCAAAUGACCUAGCUUACAGAUGAUCCACUUGUGCAGACUUUUCAGAGCAUGUACCUCUGCCAUCUCAGCAUAGGACCUCACGUAGUGCUCGUCCCAAAAGCUCAGCUCAUGUAUACCUAGCCUAGCCCAGGCUAGCUUUUUUGUUUGUCACAUUUUUUUUUUUUCCGCUCAUUACUAAGACUACCUGUCCUCCUCUUUUGUUAGCUGCACCCAUAAUGGAAGAAGGCACACUGAGAUAACCGAGCCGAAAAACCGUCUCACAACCAUUUUCCACGUGUGGGCACAGAGCAAUAAACUUGUCUUAUGAAGUUGAGACUUGCAGACCUAACAGAGACAAAAAAAAAAAAAAAAAAAAAGGAAAAAUAACAAUUGGACUCAUGCAGUUGACUUCCUCUUAUGCAAAUGCCUGUAGGCUAUUGCAAGGUUAGUGUUCAGUAGGCCUAGAUUAAUGGACAGCAGUUAUAGGACAACCUUUACCAACCUGCACGUUUUCCACCCUUCCAGAAUAAUAGGCCCUGCUCUUAUUCCAGGCCACUGGGACCCUUGACACUUUGCAUGUAUAACUAGUGUUAGCGCUCCUUUUCUCUCCUCUCUAGCUGUCUUUCUCUCCGUCUUUCCCAGUUAUGUCGCCCUUUGCCUUCCCCUUUCCCCAAUUUGUUAAACUGUUUUUUUUGUUUUGUUUGUUUGUUUGUAUAAUACGACUGUUUUCCUUUUGUUGUUGUUUUGCUUUGUUUCUCCCCUCCCCUAGUUUGUAAGUUUUAUUUUUGUAAUUGUGCAUGUAAAACCGUCACUGAAUCGAUGGAUAUGUUUAAAAAAAAAAAGAGAACUCAGCUGCUGAAGCCAUGCAAAUGUUUUGAAUUGCCCUUAAAAUAUGAAAGAUGUUUUCUGAAUGCUUUAUAUUCUUUCUGCUGUAAAAUAAUAAAAAGGGAGAAAUGAUGAAAA